AUGCCUCUCUUCAGCCGGAUGCCUCUACUCAGCCUGAAGCCUCUACUCAGCCUGAAGCCUCUACUCAGCCUGAAGCCUCUACUCAGCCUGAUGCCUGCUGAUCCAGCCCGACGAUCCUAUUAGGCCAGUUGACUCGAUGCCCGCUGUUGAUCCAGAUGAUCCGGUACCUGACCCAGUGCCCGCUGUCGUGCCAAUUGACUCAGAGCCCGCUGUCAUACCUGGUGACCCGGUGCCCACUGCCUUGCCAGAUGACGCGCGGUGCCCACUGGCAAGCCAAAUGACCUGAUGCCUGGUGACCCAGUGCCCGCUGUCAUACCUGGUGACCCGAUGCCCGCUGUCGAGCCAGACAAUCCGAUACCUGAUGACCCGGUGCCCACUGUCGUGCCUGUUGACUCGGAGCCCACUGUCUUGCCAGACGACUUGGUGCCCGCUGUUCCGCCAGUCGACUCGGUGCCCGCAGUCUUGCCAGACGACUCGGUCUUGCCCGCAGUCUUGCCAGACAACUCGGUGCCCGCAGUCUUGCCAGACGACUCGGUGCCCGCAGUCUUGCCAGACGACUCUGUGCCC